UCUGAUAUGUUAGAUAUGUAUUCUACAUUUUCUUAUAUCGCGAGGCACUACAAAAAAAUGAGAAAAUUCGAAUCAGCUCAGUGGGAAAAUAUGACACAACUGAACUUGGCCAAGGCGCAGGUACUCACAGGAAAAGAUGUGAAGUCCAUGGAGCGGGUUAACCUGAAACUCUUUGGAGAGGAUGAUCUUAUCAGUCGACUGGCCCUGGUCAACCAGUUACAUCAAUACACGUGCAACACGCCGCAGUCGCCGCAGCUUUUUCUUUACGCUUUUUAUGUGAACUACCUCGUUCACGAACUGAAGGCUCACGCCCUAGUAGAGUGGGCGUGGCUGCUGCUCAGGAAGUUUGGCCAAGGGGGAUCUGUGGAGGAGGAGCAAGCGAGCAGGGAAGCCUACAAGCGGACAGAAGGCACUCUGCCGAAGAUCAAGGAGCUGAUGAGCCUGGCAGAUCGCUCCGUGUGGCGCUGUGAUCCCUGGAAACACGAGGCCGGGGUCACCUACGAGGAGGUCACCCGUCUCCUGCAGGGCUACGUGGAGAACGAGGUGGACCUGAACGACGAUGGAACGUGCCGCCGAGACUGUGGCUACUACAAAUCCGCCAGAAAUGAGGGCUGCUUCGAUAGUGAGUUCUGUUCCGAGCAGCCCAAGUGUUCGGGAGGAGUGCACGAUUGCCGCUUUGUGGAGUCGAAUAUGCAGAUUUGCCAGGCGGAAAAGAACUCCAGCAGGCGGUACGAGUUCAUAGAGUACCAAAGUGGUCUAGUUCAUGGCAAUCAGAAGCCUUGUGGCACGCGAAACAGCGCAAAGAGCUGGAAUCGGUGGCUUUUCGUGGAGUGUAGCUACUGCCUAUGCUUGUGCGAUGAUCAGAGUGCUCGAUCGGAUCGCUACUUCAACCUGCGCCCUGUGAUCGCCGAUGUGGAGAACAACAGGGUCGUGACGGGUCUGCGAUUUGUGAAGAGCAGGCGCAUUUUCCACCUGCAGGUGCAGGAAGGUCAGCUUCUGCCACUUGGAGUCAUCAACGAGACCACUCUUCAGUGGAAGCCCCUGGAUGCGUACUCCAUAUCCGACAAGGAUGUGACUGAACACGCUGACUACCAUACGCUGAGCUACGAAAAGCGAGCCCUUGAUCUGGGUGAUCUGAAGGCGGAUAACAGUGCCGUGGUCACCGGUCUGCGGUUCCGAGUGGUGGGAGCUCAUCUCCAACUGGAGGCCCAGUUCAGCGCACUUGAGUUUGAAAGCGGAAAGCUCAUCGAUCCCAAGAGGACGAGCCAGUGGACGUCCUUGGGCGCCAGUCAGCAUAGGGAGAAACUGCCUCUGAAGGACGCCCAGGUAUCCAGUAAAUCCCCGGAGCUCUCGAUACCCUAUCCAAGUGACAACCAGUACAUCGAAUUUACCAACACGGGCUUCGUUGAGGAUGCUGCCCAAACUACGGUGCCGUUCAUCGAUAUUCAGGACGUCGUGUCGGAACCGGCGGUUCCGCUUUCCGGAAUCGGAAUAUACUAUAAAGGUCUAGAGGGCUACGGUGGUUUCCUGGCGCCCCGAAUCACCACCUACGACUUCACUCCAUAUGUCCACUUGCCCACAUGGGAAUCAAUGCACUCGAAGGAUGCGCAUUGA